AUGCUGGAGCCAGUCUACAACCCUAGCCGCCCGAGGCCCUCCCUCGAGAUUGUCUACUCAUACCGGCUGGUCGGCAUUCCAAACAAAAGCCUGGUCACCUUGCGGGUCGAGUUCCCGCCAAAUGGUUCAACCCCUCCACACAGACACGGCGGUGCCUCAGUGGGAGCGUUUGUCCUCAAUGGUAAUCUACUGAACAAAAUGAACGAUGACCCGAUGAAGGUCAUCACUGAGGGCGAGUCUUGGUUUGAGGCGCCGGGAUGCCAUCACCGCAUUAGUGAUAACGCCAGUGAGACUGAACCGGCGACAUUGAUUGCGACUCUGGUGACAGAUACGGAGAAGUUUGAGAAGGAUGGAAUGGCUGCCCUUAUUCAGAUUGACGAGGAAUAUAGUUGA